AUGAAAAAGGCCUUGGGUCAAACUGUGAGGGACCUCAAGCGAGGGGUGAACAAAAAUGUUCUAAAGGUCCCUUCCCUGGAGCAAAAGGUGCUUGAUGCAACUAGCAAUGAGCCCUGGGGUGCUCAUGGAUCACUUCUUGCAGAUAUUGCUCAAGCUUCAACAAACUAUCAUCAGUACCAAAUGAUUAUGCCUUUAAUUUGGAAGCGUCUCAAUGAUACUGGAAAAAAUUGGCGGCAUGUUUACAAGGCUUUAGUUGUUUUGGAUUACUUAGUAGCCAGUGGAUCGGAGCGUGUCAUAGAUGAAAUAAGGGAACAUUCAUAUCAAAUAUCUAUGUUAUCUGAUUUUCAAUUCAUCGACUCUAGUGGAAAAGAUCAGGGAAGCCAUGUUAGAAAGAAAUCUCAGAGUCUUGUUCUUCUUGUCAAUGAUAAGGAGAGGAUACAAGAAGUCCGCCGAAAGGCAGCUACCAACAGGGACAAAUUCCACAACUCAUCAAGGGGUGAUAUGCAUCGACCUGGUUCAUAUUCAAGUUCAGGAGGGUAUGGUGACAGAUAUGAAGAGGAACGUUAUAGAGGCAGAGAUGAAGAGAGAAAUGGAUAUGGGAGAGAAAAAGAAUGGGGUUAUAGAGAUGAGGACAAAUAUGGUAGGUAUGGUAAUUCAUACAGUCAUGAUGGGGAUCGCUAUGGUAGAGGUUAUGAUGACCGUAGCCAAGAUGAAAACAGAGAUGAUGAUCAUCGUCAGAGUGUAGAUGACUACAGUAAUGACUCAAGAAGUACAAGCUAUGACAACAGGGAUCGUGCUUAUGAUGAUGAUGGUCAAUACUCUCCUAGAGAAAGCAGUGCAAGGGCUGAGGAUCGCUCUCAAGAUGGAAGUGUUAACGGUAUGCAACAUGAGAGAAGGUUUUCUGAACAAAACCUCGAUCUACCUCCCAGUUAUGAGGAAUCUAUUGGUGCAUCUCAAAGCCCCACACAUAGUGAGAGGAAUGUGGAAACAACUUCAACAUCUGCUCCUAAAGUUUCCUCACCUCAUGCAAUUGAAAGUCCAAACAAGGAAGCCACCCCUGCCGUUGCACCAGUUGCUGCUUCAUUGUCCACUCCACUUUCAGCUACUACUCCACCAGAGAACAAGGAUAUUGAGAGCUUUGAUGAAUUUGAUCCUCGAGCUUCUUUUUCAGUGGCCAGGGCUCAAUCAAAUAAUCCUAUUCCAAUUACUUCCAUUGGCACUGAAGUGGAUUUACUUGGCUCCUUAUCUGAGCCAUUUUCUUCUAAUUCAUUAGUCCUUGCAUCAACAACUACAACCACGUCUGAGAUGUUUGAGGACCCUUUUGGUGAUGGUCCUUUCAAAGCUGUACCAACCUCAGACACAGUUCAAAAUCAGCCGCAAAACAUUUCUCCUCCAUCUUUCCCUCCUAACUCAAAUCUAAGUCCUGAACUGUGUGCUGAGAUCCCGAGUAUAACAUAUGCAGCACCCAAUUAUGCUCAUCAGGAGCUGUCCACAUCCAACCAUGAUAUUGAUAUAUUGGCUGAUAUUCUCCCUCCUUCUGCUCCUUCACCUUCUCUGCAUCCCUCUAGUGACCAUGCAAUUUCAAGUGUCCCAUUUACAGCGCAGACAGGUUUUCCAUCUUACAGUGGGCUAGCUGUACAACCAACAGGUUAUACAACUACCCAUGUUCAGGAUGCUUCACCAACAGGUUUUGCAGCUCAACCUGGUUUACAGUUACCACAGACUAGCUUUCCUAUUCACGGGCAACCUUUAUCUCAGAUUGGGUUUACUGGUCAAACGAGCAAUUCACCAUAUUUUUGUGGUUAUUCAGUUCAACCUGGCCAAACACCACAGACAAGUUUUGGUCCGCAAAGUGGUCAAUUUGCACCUCUUAAUGGCUUCCCAUUUGCAUCGGGUUCAUUUCAGGUAACUGCUGGUCAAUCUCUGCAGACCAAUGUUAACUUUGGAGGUUACAACACAGGAUUGGGAGAUACAAGUUCAAUUAGAAUGCAAAUGGGUCAAAGUCCUACUGGACCAUCUUUCCUUACGCAGGCAGCUACUGCAUCCCAUAUGCCUUCACAAAUGAAUCUUCAAUAUUCACAAAAUCAAACAAAUAAUGUGUCAAUGCCCCCACUGUCUACUCCAAUUUCAACAGCUCUCGUCAUCGGCAACCAACAAGCGAAAGACAAAUUUGAGACAAAAUCUACCGUGUGGGCGGAUACACUGAGUCGUGGAUUGAUCAAUUUGAACAUUUCUGGAUCUAAGACAAAUCCUUUAGCUGAUAUUGGAGUUGAUUUUGAUGCUAUUAACCGCAAGGAGAAGAGGAUGGAGAAACCUAGUAUAACCCCUGUGACAUCAACUGUUACAAUGGGUAAAGCAAUGGGUUCUGGUUCUGGUAUUGGCCGUGCUGGUGCAGGUGCUCUAAGGCCUUUGUCAAAUCCAAUGGCAGGGGUUGGCAUGGGCAUGGGUGUUGGUGCUCCUGGAGUAUAUGGAGUAAGCCAGCCUAUGGGCAUGGGGAUGGCUAGACCAAUGCAUAUGGGAAUGAGCAUGAACAUGAACAUGGGGCAAGGAGUACAAAUGCAACAACCAACUGGUGGAUCUAUUAUGCCAGGAGGCUACAAUCCCAUGAUGGGCACAGGUAACUAUGGCCAACAACCAUUCGGUGGUGGAUACCAAUAA